AGGACGCAGAAUCGGGGAAAAUGUCAGAAUCAAACUCGUACGAGGAGCAGCGCUGGAGGCAGAUCGAGGAGAACCAGCGGAAGGUCGAGGAGCUCCACCUGCACCACCUUUCCGCCGCCGUCCGCGAGGCCGCCGCCAGGCCCAAGCCCAAGCACAAGUCCAGGUUGAAGCCCAAGGCCCCGGGCCCCGGCAAGCUCCGGCGGUCCGGCCGCGUCGCCACCCUCCCGGAGCAGCCUGACUACCUCGCGGGCGCAAAGCGUCGCGACUACCGUGGAGGGUACGAGGCACAUGCCGCCGCCAAACAAAAGGCGGAGGAGCUCCAGCGCCAGAUUCACGACAUCCGCUGGCCGGCCUUCGUCAAGCCCAUCACCCACGACUGCGCGAGCAAGUCAUUCGCAAUGGCAAUCCCCAAGGACUUCAUCAAGUAUCUCCCGGCGCACGACGAGGCGGUCGUCGUGGUGGAUGAGGCGGAUGACGAGUUCCACAUGGUGUACAAUGCUAGACACCACUUCCUCAGGAAGGAGUGGAGAGGGUUCGUCGUCCACCAUGGCCUCGCCGAUGGUGAUUGCUUGGUUUUCCAACUCACGCACAUGACAAGGUUCAAGCAACUCCAUGUUCAGUACGAUUGCAUACAUAUAGCUCGUUCCAAAUGUGGUCAUUAUAAAGCAGGUUACGGGCCAUAUCCAUGA